AUGGAAACUGGAUAUCAGAAAUAUCAUGAUAUGAAGCUGACGUCGUUGAACAUACGCCUUACAGAGCUGUAUGAGAAAAUAAGCAAGGAUUUGAGUCCCCCUAGGCCUUUGCCACCAGAGACACGUGAUAAACGUGAUAAGAGAAAAUACUGCAAUUAUCAUAAAGAUCAUGGUCACAAGAAUGAGAAUUGUCGCUCUUUACAGACCGAAGUCCGGCGAAUGAUAGACGCUGGAAAGCUACAAGAGCGGGCAUCGGAAGAUGAAACCAGGAGAAAGCUCAGGCAGUUAAAAGAAUGGUACUUAACAAAUCAUAUCGAUUUUUUCAGUGGAAAUGGAGCAGAAAUUCAGGAGCUUGGCUGCAGGAAGAUCGAGUUCUCUGAGGCAGACAUGAUAGGUGUAUAUGCUCUCCGCAAUGAUGUUAUCGUUAUAACUGCUUUGAUUGGCAUGUUUCGUGUACACCGGAUUCUAGUGGAUAUAGGAAGCUUAGUGAGCGUACUGUUUUCAAGAGCUUAUUCCUCUAUGAAUCUCCCACACGACUUGAUCGAAGAGGAUGAAAAUCCAAUUAUCGGUUUUAGUGGCGAAGUUACAAAGGCAAUUGGAAAAGUGAAGAUACAUAUAACAGUGGCUGACAAGUCCGUUCUAGGCAAUUUCUUGUUGCUUGACUGUAGAUCUCCCUACAAUGUGAUCGUAGGACGAGACUGGCUGCAUGAGAUCGGUGCAGUCACAUCCUCAUACCAUCAGUAUCUGAAGUUUAUUACCCCUAAAGGAGUCGUGAAAGUUAGGAGCGACCAGAUGGCCGCCCACAAGUGUCACGAGAGUGCUAUGGACGAGUACAAGAAGUCAGAAGUUAGAGGGAACCAAAUUAUGCGAGUCGAGUAG